AUCCGAAAAUAAUGAUCGAUAAAUAAUCAUCUUUUAUUGUGAAGUUUUGUUAUAAAGACGCAUCUUUCCACCAAAAUUGGCAGCAGUGAGCUGCAGUUAAUACCAAACUAUGUUCCGUGGCUUAUUCGUUACUAAACAUCGAAUUUGGCAUAAUUAUCCGAGGGAAUUUUAAACAUCAACUUGGCAACUAUGCUUAAAAUUCUGAUUUGAUUAAAUGCCCAUCUAAGAUUAUGUUACACUGUUAGGUCAUUCUAGUGCGGUGAGUUGUGUUCUCCGUCCGUAGAGCAAUGCUACACUUUUGCCUCUAGGACUUUUGCGUGGACUCUAAGAAAGACCAUAAACAUGUCGGUGAAUGAAGUUAACGGGGGGCAUUGUCCGAACCGCGGAAAAUGUCUGACCUUGGAAACUUUAAAUCCGGGGGUGAAAGUGAUGCAAUAUGCCGUCAGAGGACCACUUUUUAUCAGGGCCAUGGAGAUACAAGCGGAGCUUAAACAGGGUGUGAAAAAACUCUUCAAGGAGGUUUUGAGAGCCAACGUGGGCGAUGCACAAGCCAUGGGGCAAAAGCCGAUCACUUUCAUUCGACAAGUAUUAGCAGCAGUGGCACUUCCACAUCUUCUGGAGGAUCCUAAAUUUCCGGAUGAUGUCAAGGUUCGAGCUAGAGACAUAUUGGCUAGCUGCCCAGGAGGCACCAUGGGUUCAUACACGGAUAUACCUGGUAUUGAAGUGAUUCGGAAGCACGUGGCAGAUUAUAUCCAUAGGCGUGACGGUGCACCAGCCGAUUGGCAAAAUAUCAUUCUCACCUCAGGAGCUUCUACUGGCAUCGACGCUAUGCUUAAGCUUCUAAAUGCACGUAUUGAUGACAAAGCACCGGGUGUGAUGAUUCCCACUCCUCAAUAUCCUCUAUACACGUCCACUAUAGGCGAGUUUUCAAUGAUCCCUAUAAAUUACUACUUACACGAGGAGCAAAACUGGAGUCUUGACAUUCAGGAACUCGAGCGCGCUAUUACAGAGGCUAGGAAAUAUUGCUAUCCCCGAGCAAUUGUCGUUAUCAACCCUGGAAACCCAACAGGCCAAGUCUUAAGGCGAGGAAAUAUUGAGGAUAUCAUUAAGUUCGCGUACAAGGAGAAACUAUUUAUAUUUGCUGAUGAAGUUUACCAACAGAAUAUUUACGGAGAUGGGAAUGAAUUUCAUUCAGUUAAGAAAGUUAUAACGGAGAUGGGCGAGCCGUUUAGUCAAAUGGAAGUCGCCUCCUUUAUGUCAACUUCAAAAGGUUACAUGGGUGAAUGUGGAGCCCGAGGAGCAUACAUGGAAAUCAUCAACUUUGACCCUGAAGUAAAAGCCAUGCUUUUAAAAUCCAUUAGUCAUAUGCAUCAACCUAGUUUUGGCCAGGUUGCGAUUGAUUGUGUUGUGAAUCCACCCCGAGAAACUGAGCCAUCGUAUGAGCUGUUCAUGAAAGAAACAAGAGGUGUUAUAAACUCCCUUAAAGAAAGAGCUAAGUUGGUGGCCGAUGCGUUCAAUCGUAUGGAGGGCAUGUCGUGUCAGCCGGUUCAAGGAGCCAUGUAUGCAUUCCCAAAGAUGAAGUUGCCUCCCAAGGCAAUAGAAAAAGCUACUCACCUUGGAUUGUGCCCCUCGGAGUUUUACGCGUUUCAACUUCUAGAGAACACCGGGAUCUGCGUCAUACCCGGUGCUGGAUUUGGCCAAAAACCUGGAACCUAUCACAUCAGAACCACAAUUCUCCCACAGACGGAUAAACUAAAGGACAUGUUAAACAAGUUUGAAGAGUUCCAUCGUAACUUCCUUGCCGAAUACAAGUGAGACUUUGCUAGGAAUCUUGAGACUGUUCGACAACUUAGUCAAGUGGUACCACCUAAGCACGUAACACUGAAGCGGUCGCCUGUUGGGAGUAAAAUCUCAGAAAAUGUAAAUUGUAAAAAUGAUAUGGGUUUUUUUUAAAUCCUGCAAUCAUACUUGUUUAAAAGUCAUUGCCAGAUUCGGCUGAUGGUUUUCUCCUUCUUCUUUUGUCUCUUUACAUUGGAAAAAUUCUGCCAAACCUACUGCAAGGAGCAUUUUUUUCAUUGACUGGCCAAAUUUUUUAUCGAAAAACAGUACAUGAGCAAAAAAAUGCAAAUUAACAAUUGCAUAAACGCACUUUUUUACUUUAACCUUCGACGUAUAGAGGGUCGUAACAUUCAAACAUAUUAAUUUUAUGUGUAUUAAUCUGUCAAGGUUUACCUAAUUAUGGCUGCAUUGUAAAAGUAUUAUAUUUAUUGGAGGGAAAAAUAUGCAAGUAUGUUGAAAUAUUUUUUAA